GCGGGAGUUUGAAUUUACCUCAGAUUUUCUCAAGGUGGGCGUUUAGUUGUUCGGAAUGUCUUGUUGUACUUUUCAAACAAGUUACACGAAUGGUGGAUCACUUGGAAGUAGUCACGAAUUUGAACAGUUUAAGAACGAUUUUAUCGUUGAAAACGAGAUAGGAAGAGGGAGAUUUGCCAAAGUAUCACUAGUGAGACAUCGUUUAAGUGGAGAAUUAUCUGCAGCCAAAAUGAUUAGACGGUGGCGUUGUGGCAAGGAUACUAUGGAAAGUAUUAUGCAGGAAAUCGAGGUUGUGAUGACUAGCCACCAUAACCCCUACAUUGUAAAAAUGAAGGACUAUUACGUUGGUGACAAGGAAGUUGUUCUACUCCUUGAAAAUUGUUCUCAAGGCGAUCUCUAUCAUUACGUCCAUUAUAACGAAGAAUCCCUUGAAGAAAGUAUCGUUGUUGAAGCAUCUAGACAACUUAUAAAGGCUGUUUCAUUUCUACAUUCGCAAUCAAUUGUUCAUUUAGAUAUUAAACCCGAGAAUAUUCUUCUCCGACAUCCUUUUCCUCAAUGUGAAAUUGCAUUAUGUGAUUUUGGUCUAGCCAAGUAUCUAAAGAAAAACGAGAUCAUCCGAGACCUUGUAGGUACACCAGACUACGCCGCUCCGGAAAUUUUGAACUAUGAUCCCAUUCACUUUACAACAGACAUGUGGAGUGUCGGUGUUGUUGUUUAUUAUUUAUUGACUAGUGAAAGUCCAUUUUGGAAUGAGAGUAAAGAACAAACUUUUCUAAAUGUCUGCCAAUUGAAAAUAAGCUAUGAUGAACAUUUAUUUCAAGAUAUUACUCCUCAAGCAAUUUCUUUCAUAAAACGUUUAAUUCAAAAGGAUCCAAGAGAUCGCCCUUCAGCCGUUGACUGCUUAGAAGAUCCUUGGUUCAAUCAUGUCAAACCCAUGCUCACACAAAUCGAUACAAGUAAUAAUGAUAAUAUUAUUCAAAAUGGUUCACAUGACGUUUCAACAAGACCGGACAGCAGUCGAAGUUUUGGAGAAUAACACUGUUUUUUGAAGAAACACACAGUCAUAAGGGUGUUUUUAACAGAUUACAAGUUUGUUGUAUAGAAUAACUUUGAGUGUGUUGUGUGUAUAACAUUUGUUUUCAAACAUUCCUCUAUCUUACCCUAAAUAAGUAGAUACUACCUAAUUCUAUUUAUUGCCUUUUUCUAUGUCAGAUAGUUUUCUAAUGUGAGUAAUAAUAGUAACGAAUUAUUCCAUCUGUAAGAUACUUACGUAAUCUUGUACAAAAAACAGCAUGUAUUACUUAUAUACCUAGGUAUCUUUGUUUAUUCUAUUUUACUUCCUGUAUUGUAUUGACUGGAUUCCUUCUCCCCUAUUUUCUUAUUCUGUAUCUAGUUUUCUGUUGUCUGCCUGUUUGUUUGUAACCUAUUAGACUUUAUUGAAACUAAAGUAAAUGGAGAAAAAACUGAUUUUAUGACAAGAAAAUUUAUUCUUUCUUGUGACAACACAUUUACGAUGUUUAAUCAUUUGGUCCUCAUUGAGGUGCAUCCCCCCUCGCCUCCAAUACAUACCAUGCUUUGAGCAGUCAACUGGUAUCAUUAACUCAAUACAUGUAAUCCGUGUAAAGCUCGAUGACUUGUAUCUUUCAUCUUUCUAUAUUCUUAAUAUGUCAAAUAGAAACGAUCAG